AGAUCGAUCCCUAAUUUCCCGAUCUACAUGACCUACGGCCAAGUGAACGUGUCCAUCUCCGCGAACUUCAAGCGCUUCGCCUGUUCCGCAGAAGAACUGGAACUUCUGCGCAAGUUCCACUGGAUCGUCUUCAAAGACAUCCUGGAACUGAUCAGGAACUUCAUGGUUCUGCAGAACACAGACUCCGACCCAAUAAAUCCAGCAGAUAACUACCUAGUAGUUCCUCUAAACGCUGACAAUGAAAUCGACUGGAACGUUGCGCAGAACUACGACAAGGUUGAGAUGAAGCCCAUUGAAAUGGACGCGAACAACAGCCCAGACAUCCAGGAACUUGACCUGGUGAUCCCCAAAUACCGCACCACCGAAAAAGCGUACAUUGUUCUACAAGUUCGCGACGAUAUGAGUCCUAAAAACUUCUUCGCGAACAACAAGUUCGAGUCUUACAUCGACUUUUAUUUAGAAAAGUACAAUGUCCAGAUCGAGAAUGUUAACCAGCGGCUUUUGGAGGUUAGAACCAUUUCCAAGGACAUUCAUUUUAUAAAGCCGAGAGUCUACAGCAUGUCUGCGGAACCUAGCACCAAAAAGUACCAGAGAAUUAUUCAUCUUAUUCCGGAACUGUGUGCGAAGGUCAAUUUCUCGUCGGUUUAUUGGCUAAAAGCGCGUUGCUUGCCGUCAAUUCUGCACCGCGUGAGGUACUUGAGUCUUGCGGAGGACUUCAGGGCCCAGGUGGCGCGCGAGGCCAAGAUUGGAAGAGAGGAAAUUGUGUUGUCAGCUGGGGAUAAACAGUUCUUUGAUCUACUUGAAAGUAGUCCACAGGUUAGCGAAGAAGAGGAUAUUGCUAACAAAAUGGACGAACUGAUGCCGCUUGAGAGCUAUGAUGAUCUGGAACCGGUUACGCACAUGCGCGAACCGGUUGAUCUGGAACGACACAUUGAAAAUAUUUCUGUGAUGGAUAUUACUGAUUUUCAGGACUACACACAUAGAAUUUUAGUAAAGGCAAAUUUCGUAAGAAAACUUGCGCACGUUGCAGAAUUUUCAAAGCGCGCUGAUGUAAAAGCGCCCCCUCUCAGAGUUCUGCAGGCUUCAAGCCUCAACACGCCACCGAACGCCUCCGAGAUUUUGUGCGCACUAACCCCAAAAUUCGCAAACGAUGCAUUUAAUUUUGAACGUCUUGAGACUUUAGGAGAUUCGUUCCUCAAGUUCCUGAGCUCGAUUUUCCUGUUCGAGAAGUUCCCUCAUAAAACUGAAGGCUACUUAACCACAUACAAGGGCUCUAUGGUCAGCAAUCGCCAUUUGUUUUAUUGCGGGGAGAACAAGAAGCUUCCGUCAUUUAUCAACGCUCUAGACUUUGUUCCGACGAUUAAUUUCUCUAUUCCUGCAUGUGCGCCUCCUACUGAGGUCCUUGAUUUCAUCCGCGACAACGGACGAACCCCCGACGUCUUAUACGAAGUGAACAUUCCGUUCCAGGAACAGUUCUGCGGUGCGAUCUCGGAAGCCUCCCGCCUGGAAAUCUUCCGCAAAAUAAUUUCCUACGAACCAGGUGAACGGGACGACCUCGCAUAUCUGUUCCACGGCCAGACAGUUCCCGACAAGUCAGUCGCGGAUUGCGUGGAAGCCUUAACAGGGAUCUACCUGCUAAAAUCUGGUCCAGUAGCAGCCGCCAGAUUGCUCCAGUGGUUUGGAGUGGUUCCGCCGAAUGUCUCCAUAGAUAAAGUCCUCUUCGGAGCGCCACCUAGCGCCAAGAUCGGCGACGGACAAGUAGACCACCACAUGCCCUGGCGGAGUUCCAUCGAGGAACGGAUCGGCUACAAAUUUAGGGACAGGUCCUUUUUAUUGCAGGCCUUUACCCAGGCCAGCUACACCGUCAACACAGCGACAGUCAGCUAUGACAGGUUAGAGUUCCUUGGAGACGCCAUCAUUGAUACGUUAAUCACCAGUUACAUUUAUGAGAACUGCGGGGACUUGAGUCCCGGAGACUUGACCGAUCUGAGGUCCGCGUUGGUCAACAACAUAACCUUCGCGUGUUUGACGGUCAAGUAUGGACUGCAUACUGCGAUGCUGGCGUACGCGCCGAGCUUGGCGGAGAGUAUCGAGCAGUUCCUUAAGUAUCAGCAGGAACGGGACUACCAGGUUGAUGACGAACUGCUCUGGGUGCUCAUGCAGGAGGACGAGUGCUACAUGGCGGAGUACGUUGAUGUUCCUAAGGCACUUGGCGACCUCUUUGAGUCGGUCAUCGGAGCUGUUUUCUUGGACAGUGGAAAGAAUUACCAGCGCACUUGGCAGGUACUCUACAGUCUGAUGAACGCCGAGAUUGACAAGUUCAGUAAGAAAGUCCCCAAGCAACCGGUAAGGAAGAUCUACGAAACUCCUGGCAUCAAACCUCACUUUUUACAGUCAACGGUCGUGGAUCAGGGCAAGUGCGUGAUGAUUCCUCUAGAAAUAGAACGGAACGGAAAAAAAGAAAUCUUCAACGGGUUCGGGGCGACUAAGAAGCAAGCUAAGGCCGCGGCUGCCAAGCUCGCGCUCAGGAACAUCUUGAAGAAGAACGUGGACUUGUAG